AAUAUUCGGGUAGUACAUUGUUUAUUUAUUUACUUUUCAGCGUUAUUGUAAAGAGAAAUAUUCGAAUGUUCCAUAACUUUAUCGUGUUUAUUUUUUUAAAUCAAAUGUGUUCAUACAGAGGAAAAAUACGAUUUUUUUGGCAGUUAUGUGAACGCGUGUGGUGAACUAACACUUUAUUUCCUUAUUAGGAAUCCGUGUCUAUAUUUUGCACGGUUAGUGCUCGCGCUCGGGCGGAAUCCUAAAUAGGUGUAUUUCUGGCUGUUUAGUGCACUAUGUACAGUGUCGACUUCAUUCUUUUAUAGUCUGUGUAGUGCGUUUAUGUAGGAUGUAGGGAUUGAAUUAAGAUUCAGCCUCAUCCUUAGUCAUUGAAUUGAACCCUACUAAUGGAGUGUGACAAGCAGAAGGUCAUGUCUGUAGUACCCUCUCCCGUCCCACCUCCACUACCUCCACCUCCUCCUGCCCCGGGUUUGGCUCCGUCGCUGCCCAGCAAGAAGAAGCUGUAUCAGGCCAUAGCAGAGGGAAGGACUGCUGUCCAAGGAGACUUUGAGGAAGCGUGUUUGCUCAUCACACAAAGAGAUAGCAGUUUCAGGAAGGAUCUGCAGUGGGUGCUAUUUAACAAGUACGUGCCUUCAUUGAUCCAAGAUGGCCCCAAAUGUGGAUUAGUAGCCUUAUGGAUGGCAGCCCAUCUGGUGAAGCCUGCCAUGACCAUAUCCUUGGAAAACAUCAUGCAAAUGGCAGUGAACAAAGGCUACACUGCUCAGGGAGAGAUGUUUUCAGCUUGUGAUAUGGCCCUGCUUGCAGAGGAGGUGUGUGGCUUCAGAGUUCAGAGGCUAUCUGGAGGCAUGAUUGGAGACAAUGCUGCACUAAUCCUGAAACAUCUCACUGAUGGACAGCCGAUCUUAAUACCAUAUGACGAGGACUUUAACCAUGAGCCGUGUCAACGCAGUGGCCACAAAGCUCACUGGGCAGUGGCUUCAGGUGUGUUGCUUGGCCUGGAACAGGGGAGUGUAAUAAGCGAACAGCUCCCCACUAACACCACUCUGCCAUGGCUGCAUCUUUCCCGAGUUAGUGCACCACCUAACUGGCUCACGAAUCCAGUCGAGGUCUACGUUUUAGCCAAACAGGGGAAGAGUCUGCGCUACCAGCUAUGGAAGUUGGAAACGGUGGCACAGAGUAACGCCCAGCUUAGAGAAAUGGAUCCGAAGAGGGCCGGUGAUGGAUCUUACUACGUGCUUCCCCCUGGUGGGGUGGAGGAGGGACUUGCAGGUCAGGUGGUGUUACUAUACACCUCACAGACGAACUGAUCUAAAGAACACAUGCGACACGAACGCCGCAUGUGUGUGUUUAGUGUGCAGGAUGUAUACCUCGAUUGGGUGAUUUUUAAACAUUUUUUUAAAAACCAGCCUGUAUUUGGCCUUUCAUCCACUAGGUGGCCUUAUUUCUUUGACAUUUCUCAUGAUGCUGCUGGUUUCAUCACCCUCAGCAGUCUUCUGGGAAAUUCAUGAGGAAAUUCCUUUCUUUGUAACUAUGGAUUCCUGUUACAAAAAUGUUAAUGGUGCUAAAUGAAUCAGGGUUGUGCUAUUUUGCUGCUCUGACUAAAAAAGGAUGUGUCUGGCUAAUUUUAACAUUUUGAAAAUGAGUUCAACGGACAAGGAAAGAUGAAAGUGUCUUUAAUGCGUCAUACCGAGUAUCAUUUUCCCAUAGAGAAAUAAGGAAGAGAAAUAUUAAGUGCACAGCCAAAGCAUUACUGAAUGUUUAGCCUGUAAAACAAAACAAAAAAAAAAUCGAAUUUUGUGAAAACUCUAACCGUCACUAAGUUCAGGAGUGAAAAUCGAAUCGGAUAUGUGUUCACAGUGGUAGUGCAAGCUUAGAUUCAUCUUUCAGUGCACAUAUUUGCAUGGUGUACAGUGGCUUGCAUAAGUAUUUAACCCUUUCAAUCUUUUCCUCAUUUUGUAGUGUUAAAAGCUAGAAGUGAAAUGGACUCCAUUAGGAUUAUAUGUCAUGAGUUGAGACAAAAUAGCCUAUAAUAUUGAAGUGGGUGGAAAAAUGAAUACAGUUUGCAUAUGUUAAAAAAAAAAGAAAGAAAGAAAAAAGGUGUUUGGAUAAGUAUUCACCCCCAUUGGUGUUAAACUACUAAAUGAGGUCUCGUUUCCAUCAUAAGCCUCAUCAUUAGUUGAAUGGAAAGUGUUACAUUAUCUCAAUAUAAAUACACCUGUUCCUGGAAGGCACGGCGGUAAAGAACGAUUAUUCUUAGAAGUAAUCCAACUAAUAUUUGAAUACCCAUGCACUAAAAAAAAAAAACAGCCCAGGAAAAUGCAAUGUUUAUUGCAUUGAACUUUCUUUGGUUUGAUCUCACAAGAGAGCACUGGAUCUUAUAAAUGAUCACACACCAUGGCCUUAAAUAUACAUUUUCUGAUAAUCGAAAGGUUUUUUUUUUUAACGAUCCCUAAUGAUGAUAUAGAACAACUGUUAACUGACACUUACAGGAAGUUAAUAAUGUAUGAUGCAGAUGUUACAAUACGUAGAUGCCUGAUACUUCCCAUAACCGUGUGUGAAAACACUUCCUGAUUCAGCUUCAACUCUGAAGUUUAUAAUUAUUUUUGAGUCUGCAUGAUUGCAUGGUUACUGGAAAGACUUACUUAUGCGUCUGACUCAUCGCUCAGGAUGCAGGACCUGAGAUCACGAAUACAGAAACACCUGUAAGAAAAAAAACAAGUCUGUACUUGUGGAACCUAAUUUCUAGUGGUGCUUUAAAGUUUGUGACACCAUUAGAAUUGUUUUUAGAAUUCUGCUUAAAUAUGAUCUAAAACAUCAUCAGAUUUUAACACAGGUCCUAAAAGUAGAUCAAAAGAACCCAGUUAAACAAAUGAGACAAAAAUAUUAUACUUGGUCAUUUAUUUAUUGAGGAAAAUGUUCCAUCAUUACAUAUCUGUGAGUGGCAAAAAUAUGUGAACCUUUGCUUUUAGUAUCUGGUGUGACCCCCUUGUGCAGCAAUAACUGUAACUAAAUGUCUCCGGUAACUAUUGAUCAGUCCUGCACAUCGGCCUGGAGGAAUUUUAGCCCGUUCCUCAGUACAGAACAGCUUUAUCUCUGGGAUUUUGUUGGGUUUCCUCACAUGAACUGAUUGCAUCAGGUUCUUCCGCAACAUCUCUAUUGGAUUGAGGUCAGGACUUUGACUUGGCCAUUCCAAAACAUUAACUUUAUUCUUUUUUAACCAUUAAUUGGUAGAAUGACUUGUGUGCUUCGGAUCGUUGUCUUGUUACAUAAGCCACUUUCUCUUGAGAUUCAAUUCAUGGACAGAUAUCCUGAUAUUUUCCUGUAGAAUUCGCUGGUAUAAUUCAGAAUUCAUUGUUUCAUCAAUGAUGGCAAGCCGUCCUGGCCCAGAUGCAACAAAACAGACCCAAGCCAAGAUACUACCACCACAGAUGUGGUGUUUUACAGAUGUGAUAAGGUUCUUAUGCUGGAAUGCAGUGUUUUCCUUUCUCCAAACAUAACGCUUCUCAUUUACACCAAAAAUUAUAUUUUGGUCUCAUCCGUCCACAAAAUAUUUUUCCAACAGCCUUCUGGCUUGUCCAUGUGAUCUUUAGCAAACUGCAGACAGACAGUGAUUUUCUUUUUGGAGAGCGCAGUGGCUUUCUCCUUGCAACCCUGCCAUGCACACCAUUGUUGUUCAGUGUUCUCCUGAUGGUGGACUCAUGAACAUUACAAUUAGCCAAUGUGAGCGAGACCUUUAGUUGCUUAGAAGUUACCCUGGGUUCCUUUGUGACCUCGUGGACUAUUACAGGGUCCUGCUCUUGGAGUGAUCUUUGUUGGUCCCCACUCAUGAUGAAGGGAACAAUGAUCUUGAAUUUCCUCCAUUUGUACACAAUCUGUCUGACUGUGGAUUGGUGGAGUAUAAACUCUUUAGACAUGGUUUUGUAACCUGUUCCGGCCUCGAUGAACAACAACUCUUUUUCUGAGCUCCUCAGAAAUCUCCCUUGUUCGUGCCAUGAUACACUUCCAUAAACAUGUGUCGUGAAGAUCAGACUUUGAUAGAUCCCUGUUCUUUAAAUAAAACACAGUGUUCACUCACACCUGAUUGUCAUCCCAUUGAUUAAAAUCACCUGACUCUAAUCUCACCUUCAAAUUAUCUGUUAAUUCUAGAGGUUCACAUACUUUUGCCACUCACAGCUGUGUAAUAUUGGAUCAUUUUCCCCAAUAAAUAAAUGACCGAGUAUAUUUUUUUAAAUCAUUUGUUUAAUUGUGUUCUCUUUACCUACGUGUAAGACUUCUGUGAACAUCUGAUGAUGUUUUAGGUCAUAUUUGUGCAGAAAUGUAGAAAAUUCAUAAACUUUCAAGCACCAAUGUAUAUCACCAUAGCUUCAUCUGUCUAAUGUCUUGGUACAUCUUUAUUUAUUUAAGAAAAAUGUAAUCAACUAACUUUGCCAGAUAUAAACGAUAAUCUAAAAGCACAUUCAAGACUCAUUAUAUAAGGGAUUGUCACUAUAUAAGGGAUUGGACUGUAAAAUAAUUUCCAAAUAAUUUGUAUAUCUAGUUUUCUACAACACACACAGUUUGCCCAAUAUUUUCAAUUUAUAUUUAUAUUAAGAACAAGUUAUGGAUAAGAAAAGGACAGUCAUUGUGGAAAUAUAGAUUAAUACAUUUUCCACUUAUAU